CGCCCCGCCCCUCCCCCAACCGCCCGACUAGCAUGGUGCGGCGGCCGCGCGCGCAGACAUGGGGGAGAAGCUGGAGCUGAGGCUCAAGUCGCCCGUGGGGGCUGAGCCCGCCGUCUACCCGUGGCCGCUGCCGGUCUACGACAAACACCACGAUGCUGCUCAUGAAAUCAUCGAGACCAUCCGGUGGGUCUGUGAAGAAAUCCCAGAUCUCAAGCUCGCUAUGGAGAAUUAUGUUUUAAUCGACUACGACACCAAAAGCUUCGAAAGCAUGCAGAGGCUCUGUGACAAGUACAACCGGGCCAUCGACAGCAUCCACCAGCUGUGGAAGGGCACCACGCAGCCCAUGAAGCUGAACACGCGGCCGUCCACGGGGCUCCUGCGCCACAUCCUGCAGCAGGUCUACAACCACUCGGUGACCGACCCCGAGAAACUCAACAACUAUGAGCCCUUCUCCCCGGAGGUGUACGGGGAGACUUCCUUCGACCUGGUCGCUCAGAUGAUUGACGAGAUCAAGAUGACCGAAGACGACCUGUUUGUGGACCUGGGUAGCGGAGUGGGCCAGGUUGUGCUGCAGGUCGCUGCGGCUACCAACUGCAAACAUCACUAUGGUGUCGAGAAAGCUGACAUCCCGGCCAAGUACGCGGAGACCAUGGACCGAGAGUUCAGGAAGUGGAUGAAAUGGUAUGGAAAAAAGCAUGCAGAAUACACACUGGAGAGAGGAGAUUUCCUCUCAGAGGAGUGGAGAGAGCGGAUCGCCAACACGAGUGUUAUAUUUGUGAAUAACUUUGCCUUUGGUCCUGAGGUGGAUCACCAGCUGAAGGAGCGGUUCGCAAACAUGAAGGAAGGUGGCAGAAUUGUGUCCUCGAAGCCCUUUGCACCUCUGAACUUCAGAAUAAACAGUAGAAACUUGAGUGACAUCGGCACCAUCAUGCGCGUCGUGGAGCUGUCGCCUCUAAAAGGCUCGGUGUCGUGGACGGGGAAGCCGGUGUCUUACUACCUGCACACCAUCGACCGCACCAUACUUGAAAACUAUUUUUCUAGUCUGAAAAAUCCAAAACUCAGGGAGGAACAAGAGGCAGCUCGGCGCCGGCAGCAGCGGGAGAACAAGAGCAACACGACCACCCCCACCAAGGUGCCCGAGAGCAAGACGGCCAUGCCCGCCGACACCCCCAUGGACUCUGGUGCUGAGGAAGAGAAAGCCGGGGUGACCACUGUCAAGAAGCCAUCUCCCUCCAAGGCCCGGAAGAAGAAGCUGAACAAGAAGGGCCGGAAGAUGGCCGGCCGGAAGCGCGGACGUCCCAAGAAGAUGAGCACCACCAACCCCGAGCGCAAGCCCAAGAAGACCCAGAGCGCACUGGACCUGCUGCAUGCCCAGACCGUGUCGCGGGCGGCGUCACCCUCGCCGCAGGGCGCCCCCUACCAGCUACCUCCCAGCACGCAGCGACGCCCCCCUGAGCAGCUGCUGCUGGCGCCCGCCCCGCCUGCCCUACACCGGCUGCUAGAAUCCUUCAAGAUUCAGUACCUGCAGUUCCUGGCGUACACGAAGACCCCUCAGUACAAGGCCAACCUGCAGCUGCUGCUGGACCAGGAGACGGAGAAGAACGCCCGGUUGCUGGGCGCCGUGCAGCAGCUGUUCGGCCACUGCCAAGCUCAGAAGGAGGAGAUCAAGAGGCUUUUCCAGCAGAAACUGGACGAGCUGGGAGUGAAGGCGCUGACCUACAACGACCUGAUCCAAGCGCAGAAGGAGAUCUCGGCUCACAACCAGCAGCUGAGGGAGCAGACGGAGCAGCUGGAGAAGGGCAACCGGGAGCUGAGGAGCCAGAGCCUGCGGCUGCUCAAGGCACGGUGCGAGGAGCUGAAGCUGGACUGGUCCACGCUGUCCCUUGAGGGCCUGCUGAAGGAGAAGCAGGCCCUGAAGAGCCAGAUCUCGGAGAAGCAGAGGCACUGCCUGGAGCUGCAGAUCAGCAUUGUGGAGCUGGAGAAGAGCCAGAGGCAGCAGGAGCUCCUGCAGCUCAAGUCCUGCGUGCCGCCCGACGACGCCCUGUCCCUGCACCUGCGCGGGAAGGGUGGCCUGGGCCGAGAGCCGGAGGCCGAGCCCGGCCGGCCACAUCUGGAGCUGGACUGCGCCAGGUUCUCCCUGCCCCACUUGAGCAACAUGAGCCCGGAGCUGUCCAUGAAUGGCCACGCGGCCGGCUAUGAGCUCUGCGGUGCGCUGAGCCGGCCCUCGCCCAAGCAGAACACCCCCCAGUACCUGGCCUCCCCCCUGGACCAGGAGGUCGUGCCCUGCACCCCGAACCACAGUGGCCGGCCGAGGCUCGAGAAGUUGUCCGGCCUGGCCCUGCCCGACUACACCAGGCUCUCCCCGGCCAAGCUGGUGCUGCGGCGCCACCUGAGCCAGGACCACACAGCCAACAGCAGGGCGACCGCCAGCGAGCUGCACUCACGAGCUGAGCAUGCCAAGGAGAACGGCCUCCCGUACCAGAGCCCUGGCAUCGCCAACGGCAUCAAACUGAGCCCACAGGACCCUCGGCCCUCGUCCCCUGCGGCCUUGCAGAUGACGGGAGAGAAGGGCAGUGAGAAGCGGGAGCAGGCUGGCCCGGUGGUGUGUCUGCAGGGUUUGAAGGAGCGCACCUACGCCAGCAGUGGGGAGGCCAUCACCAGCCUGCCCGUCAGCAUCCCGCUCAGCACCGUGCAGCCUAGCAAGCUGCCAGUCAGCAUCCCUCUGGCCAGCGUGGUGCUGCCCAGCCGCGCCGAGAAGGUGAGAAGCACCCCCAGCCCCGUGCCGCAGGCCCGAGAGUCCUCGUCCACACUGGAGAAGCAGAUGGGUGCUGGCACCCACGGCUCCGGGUGCAGCACUGCUGGGAGCAGAAGCCUCGCCCUGGCCCCUGCAGGCUUUGCCUACGCCGGCUCAGUGGCCAUCAGUGGGGCCCUGGCAGGCAGCCCGGCACCACUCGUCUCUGGAGCCGAGCCCCCCGCCCUGGACGAGUCCUCCAGCUCUGGAAGCCUCUUUGCCACUGUGGGGUCCCGCAGCUCCACUCCUCAGCACCCCCCCCUGCUGGCGCAGCCCCGCAACUGCGGCUCGGCCUCGCCCGCCCCCCAGCUCUGCGCCAGUCCCCGGCUUGGUGCCCAGGGCCCGCUCCCCGACACCAGCAAAGGAGACCUGCCCUCUGAGGCCGGCUUCUCGGAUCCCGAGAGUGAAGCCAAGAGAAGGAUCGUCUUCACCAUCUCGGCCGGCUCUAGCAGCGCCAAGCAGUCACCUUCCAGCAAGCACAGCCCUCUGUCCUCGGGCGCCCGCGGUGACGGCGGCCAGAGCCACGGGCAGGACAGCCGCAAGAGGGGCAGGAGGAAGCGGGCAGCGGCGGGGACCCCCGGCUUCAGCUCGGGCGUGUCCCCCAAGCGCCGGGCCCUGCCGUCUGUCGCCGGCCUCUUCACCCAGUCUUCAGGGUCCCCCCUGAACCUCAACUCCAUGGUCAGCAACAUCAACCAGCCCUUGGAAAUCACGGCCAUCUCGUCCCCCGAGAGCUCCCUGAAGAGCUCGCCUGUCCCUUACCAGGACAAUGACCAGCCGCCCGUGCUCAAGAAGGAGAAGCCCCUGAGCCAGACCAACGGGGCCCACUAUUCCCCACUGACCUCGGAUGAGGAGCAGGGCUCUGAGGACGAGCCCAGCAGUGCCAGAAUUGAGAGAAAAAUUGCAACCAUCUCCUUAGAAAGCAAAUCUCCUCCGAAAACCUUGGAAAAUGGGGGCGGCCUGGCGGGAAGGAAGGUGCCGGCCAGCGAGCCGGUCAACAGCAGCAAGUGGAAGUCCACCUUCUCGCCCAUCUCCGACCUCGGCCUGGCCAAGGCAGCCGACAGCCCGCUGCAGGCCGCCUCCGCUCUGAGCCACAACUCCCUGUUCGCUUUCCGGCCCGGCCUGGAGGAACCUGGCGCGGCUGAUGCCAAGCUGGCUGCCCACCCCAGGAAGAGCUUCCCAGGCGCGCUGCCGGGGGCGGGCGGGCUGAGCCCCAGCAGCCAUCCCGCCAGCAGCUUCGCCCUGGGCGGGGGCCUGGCGGCCGACCUCAGUUUACACAGCUUCAGCGAUGGUGCUUCUCUCUCCCACAAGGCCCCCGAGGCGGCCGGCCUGGGCACCCCCCUGAGCUUUCCCGGCCCGCGGGGCAAGGAGGGCGGCGCCGCAGACCCCGGCCCCUUCGUGAACAAGAGGCAGCUGGACGGACUGGCCCCGAAGGGCGAGGGGGGCCCACCUGUGUGCGGGCCCGCGGACAAGGCCUCAGCGACGCACGGCAAGGCGGGCAAGGGCCGUGACCGCGAGCCCGAUGUCAAGAACGGCCACAACCUCUUCAUGGCCGCUGCUGCUGCUGCCGCCGCCGCCGCUGCCGCCCCCCCCGGGGGCCUCCUCAGCGGCCCGGGCCUUGCCCCGGCGGCAUCCUCGGCAGGGGGCACGGCCCCGUCCGCCCAGACCCACCGCCCCUUCCUGGGCGCCUUCGUCCCCGGCCCGCAGUUCGCACUGGGCCCCAUGUCCCUGCAGGCCAACCUGGGCCCGUCCGUGCUGCAGUCCCUGUUCAGCUCCGUGCCCGCCGCCGGCCUGGUGCACGUCUCAACCGCUGCCACCAGACUGACCAACUCGCACGCCAUGGGCAGCUUCUCCUCCGGGGUGGCCGGCGGUGCAGUCGGAGGUGCCUUUAACCACGCGGUGCCUCCCGCCUCCGCUCAUCCGUUUGGAGCCCGUUUCGGCAGUGGGGCUGCAUGUCGCAGCGCCACGCUGAGCCUAACCCCGCUGCAGGCGGUGGCCAGCACCCCGGCCUCUUCCUUUCAGGCCCCGCCCCCUGCGGAGCCGAGGCCGCCCCCGCCCCCUCCGCACCUGGGCCGGCCCCCUCCGGGGCCGCCCGCCCUCCACGCCCCGCCCCCUCCUAACGCCGCCUUGCCUCCUCCCCCCGCGCUGCUCCCGGCUAACUCUGAGCCCGUGCUCCUGCAGAACCUCGCGUCCCUCCCAGCUAACCAAGCUUUCUUACCUGCCUCCUCUGCUGCCUCUGUGCCGCCUGCUAACGCCUCUCUGUCCAUCAAGCUCGCCUCACUUCCGCACAAGGUGUCCCGCCCCUCCUUCACGGUGCACCACCCGCCCCUGCCCGGGCUGGCCCUGGCCCAGGCCGCGCCCGUGAUCCCGCAGGCCAGCUCCACGGGGCCGCCCGCCGUGUGGGUUUCCCUUGGCAUGCCACCUCCGUAUGCCGCGCGCCUUGCGGGGGUUAAGCCGCGAUAAAGACCUUGCUUAGCUAGCAGUUCGUAUUCUGUAAGGUAACUAGGAUUUCUACCUCAACCGCGAGACUAUGCAAGGAUGGGGCGGGCUGCCGGCGCGGGGCCCCCCGCAGGACGGCGAGGACGGAUGGAGGCCAGAGGACAGGCUCU